AUGGAUGCACCAACUGAUGAUGCUACUGCAUACAUCACCUAUUUCGCUCCUCAUCCUGAAGAAUUGGCUGAUGAAGCGGUAGCAUCCACUUCAGCCGGUAUUUUCGGCAACUUUUUCAAUCGAAUUUUCAAGUCAUCCAAAGACAUCAAUAUGGUGGAUAAUGCUGUAGAUGCAACCGCCACGUCGAUUUCACCGUCUAAAAGCUGCAGUAAUUUCGAUCGAUCCAGACACAAAGAAGUAGGAGAGACGCCAAACACUGCUACAGAAAAUCAAGCUGACAAAAUUGGUGUAAAUUCAAAGGAAGACAAUGAAAAUGGCAGUGAUACUGUGGAAGAGAAAAGAGGAUCAUAUGUUCGUUUUGCGUCUGUUUUCAAAGGACAAAAUCCAGAUCUCCUGGAUUAUGAAAGGAGUGAUUUUCGGCGUUAUUGGAUGCCAGAUUCAAGUGGACGGGAAUGUUACGAAUGCCAGGAACGGUUUACUCCUUUCAGAAGGCGACACCACUGCCGUUUAUGUGGGCAAAUAUUUUGUUCGAAAUGUUGUGGUGUCCAGGUCUCUGGAUCAUUAUUGGGUUAUACGGGCGAUUUAAGGUUGUGUACCUACUGUGCACACAUUGUAGUUUCGAAUUUACCGCAAACAGAAUCAAAAUCAGAGGACAUACCCAGUUCACCACCUUGUGACCAAAAAUCGACACGUGAGACAGACGUUUCGGUAUCAACGAUUUUUGCAGGACCAGUAUCUUGGUCACCGAUUUCAUCUAUUGCUACGGAUGGGAAUAAUGAUAAUGGAACACCACUUCAACACGCAGUUCCAAGAAAGCCAUCAAUGAAACUUGAUUCGCCUACUCAACUUUCUGUAGCGGAAUUAGCUAUAUAUAACUCAGGUGUUCAGUGUUCGGCUACUCAUGAUGUUGGCGAUGAUCAUGAACCGGAGUGGGUGAAAAAUAUUGAAAUGACUGAUAACGUGAAGCCAGUGGAUUCAUCAAACUUGAAACCAGAACCAGUGGAUUAUCCACACUUAGCGUUGCAAAAAGAUGACAUGGACAUCGAUGAUAGAUCAAACUGUCAUGUUGCUGAAUUGGAUGAUCAACAAAUAGUACCACAAAUUCCGACAUCGAAAACGGAAGAUGAAGAUCCUCGUUUCUGUGAAACAAUUGAAAGAUGUUUUGAAAUUCAAUCCGAAAAACUUAUUUUGCAUCUUUUCAAUCGUGAAGGGUUGGAUCCGAGAGAGUGGUGGGAAAUCAUAUGGUCCGUAAGCCAUGUUGUAUCAUCAAUGGUUAAAGUUGAUAUGGAGGGACGAAAAAAUGUUAAUGUCAUGAAACAUGCUCACAUCAAAAGCCUUCAUGUUGCAGUUGAAAAACCCUCCGCGAAGGUAAUAGAGGGGGCAGUGUGUAGCAAAAGUAUCCGCCAUGAAUCGAUGCCAGAUGAGAUUCGUAAUGCAUCAGUUUUAACCUUGGAAGGGAGCAUCGAAUAUGAACGAGUUAACGAUAAGCUUUCUUCAAUUGAACCAAUAAUUUCACAGGAAAGUGAAUAUUUACGGAAUCAGGUGGAACGAUUGCUUUCACAUCGGCCAUCAGUGGUACUGGUUGAGCGUAAUGUAGCUGGCUUAGCUGUACAGAUGUUAUUAAGAGCUAAAGUCACACUUGUUUCUAAUAUUAAACCACGUGUUCUGCAAAGGAUUGCAAGAAGUACUGGAGCUGACGUAAUGCCUUCACUUGAUGCACAAAUUCUGAACCAAAAGAUUGGAUUUUGUCCAUUUUUUCGGCAAAAGAAGAUUCAGUUAGCGAAUGGGAAAUACAAAUGUUUACUGAUGUUUGAGGAAUGCCCACCAGAAUUAGGAUGCUCUGUGUUAUUGCGGGGUAACUCAAAAAAUGAUUUGCGGGCAGCUAAACGGAUCUUACAUUAUGCAAUUCUUACGUUGUAUUCUAAUCAUCUUGAAGUAAAGCUGUUGUCCAGCUGUGGUACAACUCUGUCAAAUCGAUCCGCAGAUUGUGAUAUUUGUUCCAUUAAUGCUGCUGAACUGGAUACAAACAAGGAUAACUUCUGUAACCGUUUAAAGAAGUCCACUCUCUCACCUUCUCCACUGAUCAACUUUGGUAUUCCCUUUCUAGAAACAUCGAAGGGUCGACGAUGCUCACUAAGAAAGUUUUUCAGUCGUUUUAUUAACAGCUUAUCAGUUGAAAGCAAUGACAGCAGGGAAAGCUCCGACUGUACGACAGAAAAUUAUCCGCUGAAAAAAUCUGUCCAUCCUUUUGUGAAAAAUAUCACCUUGACGGAAGUGGAUGAAGAUGCUAUCGCCUCUUUUCGAGCUUUUUCUGGCUGUAUGCUUCGAUGCAGCAUUAAUAACCAGAACCGGGAUCGUCUACGAAAAGAAACAGUUUCUAAUAAAAAGACUGAAGAUGUGUUGGAUCCGUUUGCUCAUCAACAAAUAUCAGUUCUUUUCGGAUCAUUCUGUGCAAAAUCGUCGAAUGCUCCACUGUUUUGCAUUCGGCCUUGGGUUGUGAACAUGAACUAUUAUGGCGUUAAUGACAUGUCUUUGGGUGACUUCUUGAGAAAGUAUUGUUUUAACAGAGCAUAUCAAUGUCCAUCUACAAACUGUGAUUUGCCAAUGAUGGAACAUUCUCGAAGACUGGUUCAUAGGAACGUUUGUGUGGAAAUCACGACGCAGAAUUAUGUGCAUUCAAAUGGUGAGCCUAACAGCGCAACACUGGAUGAGCAAAACGACACCUUAUUUGCCUGGCAUUACUGCCCAAAGUGUAAAUCAUCGUCCUCCGUAGUCCCACUGACAGAAAGUAUAUGUCGGUUGAGUUUUGCUCGUUAUCUGAAUUAUUUAGCAAAUGGUGCAUAUGCAACAUGUAAAAUCAACUCACUUUCGCAGAAAUGCGAACAUUGUUGUUUCCAUCAACAUGAACGUAAUAUCGCUCUCAACAACUUGGUGACAACUUUCAAAGUCUUACUGGUGCGUCCAUUCCAUGUGACCUUCAGUCCAUUGGUUUGUGCUGUUGAACCGAUGAUGUUUACUCGAAAAUUUGUCGCUGAAUCAAAAAAUGAAAUACAAGAAGCAGCAGCGGCCAUGUUCAAAAUCAUGUCAGAGCAGAUCGAUAAUUUAUCAAAAUAUUCUGAAAACAGCUUAUAUUCGACAUGUCAUGCACAAGCAGUAAAAAUUUUAAGAGACGCUUGCUCUGUUUUCAGCUCUACAAUAAAGUGUUUUGACCCAAGUGGUGCGCUUGCUGGCGAACCAACAGCAGUUCGGUCAAACGAUGCUGUUUAUAUUCAGGCCUUUGAUACAAUUUGUCGUUGUCGAUACAUUGUACAACAUGCAAUAAAUUUAUGGAAUGAACAGUGUCAGUAUUUUUCUCAACAGAUUCGAACUACUAAAAAAUGUAAUGGUGGUGGUAUUCCGACGGAAGCAAAUAAAGUGAGUAACGAACAAACUCUCUCAGUGAAUCACGUGCAGGUUAAUAGUUUAGAUUUUGAACUCAUCCCACUGAAGAGCCCAUUCCUCGCUGAGUGCCACUUCAGUUUGCCUCUCCCAUCAGCAGGUUUAGCAGCAGUUGUCGUGCGUGAUGUGAUCGAUCGUAAGGGUGCAACACAUCCGGAUAUUGGUUCCAUCAUUGCUUAUGCUUUAUCUUCAGUUGAAUAUAAUACAAAACGAAGAAAGCAGCGUGAUUCUGCUUAUAAUACCUUUGCUGAAGUGGAAUCAGUUUCAGUGGCGAAUUAUGAACACAUUGAAGUUGAUUUUGCUGAUGAUAGAGCGCAAUAUUACGUAAAGGUUUAUUACGCUGAAAGAUUCCAUAUGUUGAGAAAGUUGUUGUUUGUUGAAGGUGAAGAUUGUUUUAUGAGGUCGCUAAGCUCAUCCCGUAGUUGGAGUCCUCAGAGCGGCAAAUCUGGAGCUUCAUUUUAUCGCACACAAGAUGAUCGGUUUGUGUUCAAGCAGAUGUCUUGGUUCGAAAUCCAGUCAUUUGUGAAAUUUGGUCCUAAUUAUUUUAGCUAUGUGUCUACCGCUAUGACGGAUAAUAAAUUGACAACACUUUGCAAGGUUUAUGGCGUAUACCGAAUUUGUUACAAAAACAAAAGCAAUGGUCAACAAUUGAAAGUUGAUGUUUUGGUUAUGGAAUAUCUAUUUUAUCGCCGAAAUGUGAAGCAAGUAUGGGAUUUGAAAGGCUCUCAAAGGAACAGGAUGGCAUCAGAAGGAAAAAGAACGGCAGAUCUGGUUUUAUUGGAUGAAAAUUUGGUAAAAGAUCUUUGGAAUAAUCAGCUUUAUGUACAUCCUCAUUCUAAGGCAGCAUUAAGCAUGGCUAUCAGCAAUGAUAGCCAUUUUCUUUCUGCCCAGCAUAUAAUGGAUUAUAGUUUACUUGUUGGAGUAGAUGAAACGAACAGCGAGUUAAUUCUUGGUAUCGUGGAUUACAUGCGUACCUAUACGCUUGAUAAGAAAUUGGAAAGUUGGGUAAAAAUCGUGGCAAUACCUGGUGCACACUUACCGACUGUAAUUUCUCCAGAAAUGUACUGCACACGAUUCUUCGAUGCUAUUGACACAUAUUUUCCAGUUGCACCAGAUCAGUGGACUGGAUUUGGUUCAGCCUUGUCCUCUUCUGACUGUUAA